AUGCUGCCCCCCCGUGUUGCUGUCAGUCGGAUACCGGGGGCCGCUCGACUAUUGCGGCCACCGAUUUAUCAUGGCCUGCGUCAGCCAAGUCGCCCCUUCACACACAAAUCCCGCCUCGACGUCGUCUCCCGUCCGUCCACUCGACCUCAGCUGCCUUUCCUCUACCCACUGGCGAGCAGUCGCCCUCUCCCACCUCUGUCUAUUCACCUUCGACAGCAUUUUGCACGCUUAAUCUCCACAGAGAGUCGAGAUUACUAUCGACGACGGAUUUCCCGGGGACUUCGGAUCGGGUUAUCGUUCUACGCCAUCUUGGUCCUAUUUCAAGUGAUCAAACUGGGGGUAUAUCAGGAGGAAAUCGAGCAUAAAUGGCCAACUCCACCGGAAUGGACAUUGAAGAGUCGUUGGUGCUUACGGUCCGCUCAGGCCCUGCAGAAUCCCGAGCACAUCGGCAAGUUGAUGACCAAUUGGCCCAUGGUUGCAGGAUAUCUCCGGGACCUAUUGGAGCGAUUGGAAAACCUGGAGGGUGAAGGAAAAGGAGUAAUUGAACAGGGUGAUGGCGGCUUUUUAGUCGAGGGAGUUGGAAAGACCGGACUCGACGUCUCAGCGAAGAGUGAGCCGUGGAAGAGAGGUUAUUUCCAGGCCCUGAUGGGCGCCGCAAAGGCUGCAGAGAAUCUCGAGGGCUGGUUGACAGAUCGCAAGCAGCGUAUCUCUGCACCGGCGGAGUAUGUCGUUGGUCCCUCCAAUCCCCGCCCUAAACCUAUGCCUGCCGGCCAGAAAAAGGUGCCGCAGGAAGAGAAUUGCGAGCCGGCCUCUCCCAGCCCGGAGUCCUUUUACAUGAAGGUCUUGACUACACGUGGUUUUGACACGAGGCAGAAGCUCGACGCCGCCCUAGCCUACGCCGAUUGGCUCGACUACAAAGGUCUUCAUGGCACUGCCAGCGACAUGUACAACUGGGCGAUGGAUAUAGCCACCGCCGCGUCGCCCGUGGAGGCCCAGAAAGUUGUGGACGUAAAAACAGGCGUCCUCAAGAACGACGGCAAGAAUCUCCCUUCAGAAAACAUCAUUCGCGUUUCGACGGCUCUUGCCGUCCAUCAUGCCAGACAAGGAAAUCUACCCACGUCCCUGUCCCUGUUCACCUCCGUUCUUAAGGCCCGUCGGACGCUUCCACCAGCGCCGUCUGGCACAGUUACUUUGGGCCUUCCCUCUCUUCCCAAAUCUAACGAUCCUUUCCGCUCCUUCUUCAACACCCUCAAGACCGUCUUUAUCCCAGUUGAGUACCCUGCUCCUCUCCCAUCCGGAAACGACCCUCCUCUUCGCACACCCACAGCCACCUGCGACGAAGCCGGCCUGAUGACUUACAUCGGCGAAAUCGUCUACGCUUCUUCUUCCAAGGAAACAGGCCUCGCCUGGACCCGCGACGCCGUCGACAUGGCGGAAGCCACGAUUCUCGAACUAGGCGGCUCCGAGGACCGGAACCCGCGCCAUCGCUGCGCUGAAUGUCUCCGCGUCGGUCUGGAGAACUGGAAAACCAUGGUGGGGCAACUAGUCGCUAAGGCCGAGAAGGAUGAGGCUGAGAGUAUCGAAAGGGCCCCCAAGGCGUGGUUUGGCGGUCAGAAACGAGUUCAAGCCAAGACCCUUGAACGUAAGAGAUGGGAAGCUGAGAAGAUCAUCCUGGAUGAUCGUAUCAAUCGACUGUGGCCUAUUAUCGAUGGAGAGUCUGGUCUGGAGGGCAUCGCGCCUAAUAGUUCUUUGUUUGUAUGA